CUCGCCGCGUACAUACAUCUUCCGCCUACCAAAAAAAAUGGGAGAGGCCCUCAACGUAAUGGAGUCAGUAAGAUCGGUAGUUUUCAAAGAAUCCGAAAAUCUAGAAGGUUCUGCCACAAAGGUCGAAGGCUACGAUUUCAAUAAAGGAGUUAACUAUGCUGAGCUUUUCAAGUCUAUGGCCUCCACUGGUUUUCAAGCUGCUAAUCUUGGUGACGCCAUUCAAAUUGUUAAUCAAAUGCUAGAUUGGAGGCUUUCACAUGAGCAGCCCAUAGAAGAUUGCAGUGAAGAAGAAAGAGAUGUCACAUACAGAGAGUCUGUGACGUGCAAAAUCUUUUUGGGGUUCACUUCAAACCUUGUCUCUUCUGGUGUUAGAGACACCAUCCGCUACCUUGUUCAGCACCGUAUGGUUGAUGUUGUGGUUACUACAGCUGGUGGUAUUGAGGAGGAUCUCAUAAAAUGCCUUGCACCAACCUACAAGGGGGACUUUUCUUUACCUGGAGCUGUUCUACGCUCAAAAGGAUUGAACCGUAUUGGUAAUUUAUUGGUUCCUAAUGACAACUACUGCAAAUUUGAGAAUUGGAUCAUCCCAAUUUUUGACCAAAUGUAUGAAGAGCAGAUUAAAGAGAAGGUUCUGUGGACACCAUCUAAAGUCAUUGCGCGCCUGGGUAAAGAAAUUAAUGAUGAAACCUCAUACUUGUAUUGGGCUUACAAGAACCGGGUUCCUGUCUUCUGUCCUGGCUUAACUGAUGGAUCACUGGGUGACAUGCUGUACUUCCAUUCUUUCAAAAAGGGAGAUCCAGAUAAUCCAGAUUUUAAUCCUGGUCUAAUCAUUGACAUUGUGGGAGAUAUCAGGGCCAUGAAUAGUGAGGCUGUCCAUGCUGGUUCGAGGAAGACGGGAAUGAUUAUCCUAGGUGGGGGGCUGCCUAAGCAUCAUGUUUGCAAUGCCAAUAUGAUGCGCAAUGGUGCAGAUUUUGCUGUCUACAUUAACACUGCACAAGAGUUUGAUGGUAGUGACUCUGGUGCCCGUCCUGAUGAAGCUGUAUCAUGGGGAAAAAUACGCGGUGGUGCCAAGACUGUGAAGGUACACUGUGAUGCAACUAUUGCAUUCCCCAUAUUAGUAGCUGAGACAUUUGCAGCUGAGAGAAAGGAAUUCUCCCAGAUAAGAUGAGAUCACCAAGUCCCUGGUAAGGUGAGCAUAUCAUGGUUCAACAAUGUUAAAGCUUCAGAAUCCACAAGCCUUUAGCAGCUGCCAAUCAUUUCUGGAUACUAGCG